AUGGGCGCCUGCAUGAGCAGCGAGAACAAUGAUUCGGGGGAUCAGAAGAAGCGGAGUCAGGCGAUUGACCGCACGCUGGAGGAGGAUUCGAAGAAGUUGCGGCGGGAAUGCAAGAUAUUACUACUUGGUUCGGGCGAGAGCGGGAAGAGCACGAUUGUGAAGCAGAUGAAGAUCAUCCACCAAAACGGCUACAGUCAAGAUGAGCUCGCGUUACAUCGGCACACGAUUUAUAAGAACGUGAUCGACUGCGCGAAGGCAUUGAUUGGCGCGAUGCGACAGUUUGGGAUCGAGGUUGAGCAUCCGGAGAACAAGGAAAACUGCGACUAUAUCAUGGAAUAUGCAGUAGACCCUGACCCGCAGCAAGCUCUCGAGCAAAAGGUUGGAGAGGCGAUCACAGCGAUAUGGAGCGAUCCUUGCAUACCGAAGGUCUUUGACCACUCGAGCGAGUUCUAUCUCAUGGACUCCGCGCCGUACUUCUUCGACGAGGUCAAGCGGAUAGCAUCACCCGACUACAACCCCACCGAGUCGGAUGUCCUGAGAGCGAGAACAAAGACCACCGGCAUAUACGAGACACGCUUCUCGAUGGGCCAGCUUAGUAUACACAUGUUCGAUGUGGGCGGCCAAAGAAGCGAGCGGAAGAAGUGGAUUCAUUGCUUCGAGAAUGUGACAUCCAUCAUCUUCUGUGUCGCUCUCAGCGAGUAUGACCAGGUACUGCUGGAAGAGAGCAGCCAAAACCGCAUGAUGGAGUCCCUGGUGCUCUUCGACUCGGUCGUGAACUCGAGAUGGUUCAUGCGGACCUCGAUCAUCCUGUUCCUGAACAAGGUCGAUCUCUUCCGCGCGAAGCUGACCAAGUCUCCACUGAGCAACUACUUUCCUGACUACUCUGGCGGCAACGACGUCAACCGAGCCGCGAAGUACCUGCUCUGGAGGUUUAACCAAGUCAACCGGGCGAACCUCAACCUAUAUCCUCACCUCACCCAAGCGACCGACACCUCCAACAUCCGCCUCGUCUUCGCCGCCGUCAAGGAGACCAUUCUGCAGAACGCGCUCAAAGACUCCGGCAUCCUCUGA